AUGAUUCCACCAGAAUCCUUUUACUCCAACAAAAUAUACACUAGAGUUCCAAAGAGAACGGCACCAGUUAAACUAGAGGUAUCAAAACCUGCUUAUUAUGAGAAAACAGAAAAAAAUGCAAAAAUAAGAAUUCAGCUAAAAGUGAAUGAUUUAGACUGUCUUCAAAAGCAUGAAUGGCUUACUGAUAUAGUAAUUGAUGCAUACUUGAAAUAUUUAAUUAAUAAUUCUAGUUAUCCAAUUGGAGCUACAAAUACCUACUUUGGAAAGUUCUUAGAUAAAGAAAACUAUACAAGAAUGAAAACAUGGGAAGGAAUACCAAAUUUAUUAGAAGGAAAAUAUAAUUACUUUUUAAUUCCAUAUGCAACACGAGCACAUUGGAUACUUCUUGUUGUAUGCUGGCAGGAUCAUAUAAUCAGAGUUUACGAUUCUUUAAACCGGCCUUUACCAAGAUGUAUUAAAUAUCUUUCGUUCUUCUUGCAAGAAAAUACCAAAUUUACAUGGCAAGGACAACGAAUUAAAGUUUCAAGACAACAAAAUUCAAGUGACUGCGGGGUUUUCUUGUUGAAAUUUGCUGAAUGCAUCGUAACAGGACAAGAUCCUCUUCAGGUUAACCAAGACAUUGUUAGCACAUCAAGACUUGAAAUAAGAAAUAUACUUAUUGAUGCAAUCAAUCAAUAUGUUCUUAAUUAA